CAACUACCUUAUCAUCUUACAAACACUUGUUCCUCAUUUUCAUCUCAUAAUAUCCAGUGUCAUGCCUCUCUUCAAACACGUUAUUGAAUUAGAUGAUGGAAUUUAUGAGUUUUAUUGUGAGAUGCACAGUGGAACAACAACUGAAGCUCAUGUUAUUCCAAGCUCUAGGAUUCAACAAGACAAAGAUGAAGGUGAGACUUCUUCUUUAGCAGCUUUCAAAUCUAAUUAUGAGAAGCUUCCUCAUUAUCUCAAAUCUUGCUUAGAUUAUUGUUAUAUUGCAUCCGAAAACUAUAAGGAUAAAGGAGAAGUAGUUCGGCUUUUGUUGGCUCAAGGUCUAAUACCAGAAAAACCAGGGGAAAUCAUGGAGGAUACAGCAGAAAAUAUUAUUAACGAAUUAAUUGGCUUAGAGAUGCUUCAUGAACGUUAUCUUUUUAACAGUCAAAUAAAAGUCUCCGAAUUCUAUGAAAAAUCAUGCCUUGUUGUUAAAGUUGAGGAGCAAGAUUUCGUUUCUAAAGCUGCCAAUUCGCCAAUCCAUGCAAUUCUUCCGCUUGGACAAGACCUGCCUCCUAACUUCAAAAGCCUUCUAAUUCAAUCCUUGGCUAUUGAAGUCUACUCUUUUCGGUUGUGUCGGCAAACUAUCUGUGGGUUGCAGUUUCUGUUGGUAUUGUGUUUGAUUGGCCAAAUAGCGUACUUACCUGAUGAAGUGGGAGAUUUGGUUCACCUCAAGUAUUUAUACUUGGCCUGCUAUAAAAUGAAGACGCUUCCACGUACUAUAGCUAAUCUUCAAAAGCUACAAACGUUGCAUCUAACUAAUUAUUCAAAUCUAUUCCAACUACCUGUAGAAAUUCUUAAUAUUAAACAGCUUCGGCACCUUUUGUUGAUCGAUAUGUCCACAGAUGUUGUAAUUAGAAUUCCAAGAGGGAUUGGAACAUUGGCAAAUCUUCACACUUGCACUGGUGUCUAUGCUGGUGCUGGCAUUGCUAGUGAAUUGAGUAGUUUGACCCAACUACGAAAACUUGAUGUUGAAGUGUCUGAUGAUCAUGCUGGUGAGCUAUUUGCAUCCAUCAUCAAACUGGAAAGCCUUGUUUCCCUAUCACUAACUGCAGAACAUCCCUUGAAUGACAGACUUCUACCUGAAUUGGAACCAUUUUCUCCUCCACCUCAUCUUCAAGAGCUUAUUUUACGUGGUGGUCUAGUUGAAAUGCCCAAUUGGCUUCCCUCUGUUGAAAACCUAACCAUUCUAGAACUAUGUUAUUCUAAUCUCUUGGAGGAGCCAUCUUCAGUUCUUCAAUAUCUUCCCAAAUUAAAACAUCUUACACUUUGGGAAGCCUACAAAGCAAAGCUCAUUGGCAAAGAGUUUUGCGAUGUAGGUGGAUUUCCGGAGCUGGAAACUUUGAUAAUUGCUUCAGAGAAUCUAGUGGAGUGGACGGAAAUUGUAAAUGGUGCUUUUCCAAGUUUGAGGUACCUUCGAUUUUAUAAUUGUGAUAAAUUGAGGUUUUUGCCUGAAGGAUUACAGAACAUUUCUACGAUUCAAGAGUUGUAUGUUUUUUAUUUGCAUGGAGACCUUGCAAGGAGAUUGAAUGGUGAAGAAAAUUACAAGAUCAAACAUAUUUCAAAAUUUCAUUGGUUUGAGGAAAUUUUCUGAGGAAGUCACUAGAAGGAGCAAGAUUUAUGAUUUACUUGUUUAAUACUUUGAUUCUCUAAUGCUCCAUCAAUUCAUGAAGUUAAAAAUAUCUAUCUUUUAGGAUUUAAGAUAAUAGAAAAUGAUAGUAUUUGAAACUUUCUUUGUAAAAUCUUUAAGAAUUCAGGAUGAUGGAAUUGCUAGUAUUUUUUUGGUUUUGGAUUAUCAGGUAUGCAAGUGAUCAAAGGCUUUUGUGCUUGUAAUGAUUUUUUUUUUUUUU